AGACGCUGGUUUUUUUAUAGGAUUAUCCUAUUUUUCAGUCCUGUAACGUCGAUGUUUACGUGACUUGUAACUGAAUCUUUAUUUUAUUAAUAAAACACGUAUUAUGAUGAAAAAAGAGGAUCUCGUUCCAACAAAGUCCACCGAGGGGCUCCGCUCGUCCAGCAUCAGUCAUUUUCGGGCGAAAGCCCUGUUUUGUUUCCGAGAGAAAGUCCCAAGGGCAGCGCGCGCGGGAAACCCCAAACCCACCGCACCAGCGCGCGCUCGACGAAAUGCCGCCGCCGCCGCCGCCGCGGCAGGACUUCCCGGCGUUCCCUUUCGCGACGUACCCGAUCCAGACGGAGUUCAUGUCCUUCCUUUACAGCGCCCUCUCCUCCGGGCCCCGCGCCCUCGCCCUCCUCGAAAGCCCCACCGGCACCGGAAAGACCCUCAGCAUCAUCUGCAGUGCGCUCCAAUGGCUCCUCGACCACCGCGACGCCGCCUCGCUGGGCCACCCCGAACGGGCCAAUGGCUCCGCCCCCGCUGCUGUCGGCGGCGAAGACGACGAGCCCGACUGGAUGCGGGAUUUCACACUGCAGCCGCUGCCGCCUAAGAAGGACAUCAGGAAGAAGUCGGAGACUCACCCGUCCAGGAGGCAUGGAACGAAGAAAGUGGGGGGUUCGGAGAAAUCUGAGGGAAUUCGGGAGAAUGACGACGAGGAGGAAUUCUUGCUUGACGAGUACGAGAGCGAUGACGGGGAGGGCACAGGACGGCAGGCCGGGAAGCGGGCACAUUGUGGUGGUUAGUAUAGUAGUAGUAGUAGUAGUAGUGAGAGCGAGGAUGAUGAGGACGAAGAGGAGGCCACUCCCAAGGUGUAUUUCACCAGCCGUACGCAUUCGCAGGUCUCGCAGUUUGUCGGCGAGCUCAAAAGGACGAAUUUCUCAGGGAAGCUCAGGACAGUGUGCUUGGGGUCCAGAAAGAGCCUGUGUAUUAACACGGAUGUUCAGAAGCUCGGGAGCGCAACCCGGAUCAACGAGAGGUGCUUGGAACUGCUCAAGAACAAGAAGAGCAGCAAAAUUAAGGUCGAGGGUGAUAACAAGAAGGGGCGCCGAACAAAGACCUCUUGUCGGUGCCCAAUGUUAGGAAACAGAAGUCUGCAGAAACAGUUCAGGAGUGAAGUGUCCGACCAUGGUGCAUUGGACAUUGAGGAUUUGGCACAACUUGGAAGGAAGAUUGGAACAUGUCCUUACUACGGUGCACGUGACAUGGUCCGCUCAGCUGACCUUGUAGUACUUCCUUACCAGUCUUUGUUGCUGAAGUCUGCUAGAGAAUUACUUGGCCUUAAUCUGAAGAACAGUGUUGUCAUCAUAGAUGAGGCUCACAACUUAGCAGACUCCCUUACUAGCAUGUACAACUCAAAGGUCGAAUCUUCUCAGUUGAGGGCAGUCCUUUCCCACCUGGAGGCAUAUCUCAAUAGAUUUCAGAAUGUUCUGGGAGCUGGAAAUCGACGUUACAUCCAGACCUUGACAGUUCUAACACGGUCAUUCCUACGAUGUUUGAUAAGUAAUGAAGACUGUUCCUCUGCUGUGACUUCUAUGACUAUAAAUAAGUUCUUAUUCUCCCUUGAUAUUGAUAACAUAAACAUAGUAAAACUUUGUCAGUAUCUGAAGGAAAGCAAUAUAGUCCACAAGGUUAGUGGAUAUGCCAACAAAUUAUUUAUCACCGAAAAUGGUGUGUGCAAUUUGAAUCAUGGACAGCAACAUGGUGAAGGAAGCAGUAUAACAAGCUUUCAGGCUUUGACUGACCUUUUACGCUCUCUACUGUACUGCAAUGAUGAUGGAAGAAUCAUAGUUGCACGGCACAAGCCUGGUGGACAACCUGAAGAUGCAUAUAUUAAAUUCGUGAUGCUUUGUGCAGAGAAAACAUUUUCUGAGGUUACAGAUGACGCACAUGUUGUUAUUAUGGCUGGUGGAACCCUCCAGCCUAUUGAAGAAACAAGGUUGCGCCUGUUUCCAGGCUUAUUGCCUAGUGAUAUAAAAUUCUUCUCAUGCAACCAUAUUGUUCCCCCUGAGAGUAUUCUUCCUAUAGCUGUUACAUGUGGGCCCUCAGGCAAGAAAUUUGAUUUCAGCCACAGUUCAAGGAGCUCUCUUAACAUGAUCGAAGAGCUUGGACGUUUUCUUUGCAAUAUAGUGACAAUAGUACCAGAAGGAAUAGUAAUGUUUUUCUCUUCCUACGAAUAUGAAAAACAAGUUUAUGAUGCAUGGAUGGCUUCAGGCACAAUUUCUAAGAUUUCUAAGAAGAAACACGUGUUCAGAGAGCCAAGAAGCAGUGUUGAUGUCGAGGUGAUACUCAACAAAUACAAGGAGGCAAUUCAAUCCUGCAGCAAAGGUUCAGGAGACACUAGUGUUAACGGGGCACUUUUAUUGGCUGUUGUCGGUGGGAAGAUCUCUGAAGGUAUAAACUUCAGUGAUGGUAUGGGUCGUUGUGUUCUGAUGGUUGGAUUGCCUUAUCCAAGUCCAGAUGAUAUUGAACUGAUGGAGACAAUAAAACACAUUGGAAACUAUUCUACCUCAUCUGUGAUUGGAGAUGAUAAGCCCUUCAACGGAAACGAUGAAUGCAAGCUUGAGCCUGGCUUUGAUGUACUAAGGAAGAGCGGUAAAAGUGGCCGAGAGUACUAUGAGAACUUAUGCAUGAAAGCUGUGAAUCAGUCUAUCGGUAGAGCAAUCAGGCAUGUAAAUGACUAUGCUGCAAUGCUGUUGGUUGACUCACGUUAUGCACACACCUCAUGAAGCAAGGGUUUCUCUUGCCCCGUUGAAAAGCUACCCCAGUGGAUCAAGACACGACUCACUUGCGGUCAAAACUAUGGGGAAGUUCAUAGAUAGUUGCUUCAGUUUUUCAAAAUCAACAAACAAAUACAUUGAAAUAUUACAGAUGUUGCUACAUUUAAUGAAGCCAAGCCUGUACAGGCUUGCGCAAACGUAAUGCAUUUUUGUUUGGCUGAUAUCAGUGCAAUGUGCAUAUGUGUAGCUGCCUACUGAUGACAAACUGUUCGAAGGUACUGUUAGCACUUGAAAUCCCAUGUUAUCGGUGGCUGAUAUCAGUUAUCAAAGGUAUGUGCACACCUGUUGUUUUCCCACACUCAGAUCCGUGAAGCACCACACCAUAGUUAAAUUCCCUAAGGCUUUAUUCGGUUCCACGGGAACCAAACCUCCUAAUCCAUAUGUACAGCUAGUCUGUCCGGUUAGACCCGGCAAACCUCCCACCACUGGCCUUUGUACAUUGGAGCACCAAAUCUACUAAACGUCACACAGAAUUAACUUGCUACAAAAAUCAUACAUCCGUGCACCAAAUUAACCAAACGUCACACGGCAAGCUUUCUAGAAGUUGAUAAUUUAGAAGGAAAAAAGAUCCAACCCAAACAAGGCAACAUGCACUCUGAAUAUUUAGAAGUCGAAAAACGACCCUAAUCAACAAGGAAAACCCUUUGUUUCAACCGACUGAUUCUAUGGCUGGCGCAAACCUUCUCGGGAGCCGUCCGAUCGAGUUUGAUCGUGCGGCGCUGGCAUCUCUCACGCCCCCGCCUAGACAGCAACACGGGCUCAGCAGCCUCAGCUUCGACUGCAUCGCGCUCGACCGCCUAGCGUCUCAGGGAGAUGGAAGCAGGGGCGUCAGAUCCGGGCGCUACUCAAGCAGUAGCUGGUGUGAGAGGCGACGCGGCGGCGAGCAUCCGGAGCGGCGAGCCACGGCGACGGCGGCUGGAUCAAACUAAGAGAAUCGACGACGACGCUUUGCCACGCAGGUAUUCAACACACUUCCCCCAAAUCGAGCUGAAAUGCUAGGUCUUGAUACAAAAUCAGGGGUACGCAUGCGGGGGCUCGAUGAGCGGCACUCGUGAGGCAGAGGGGAGUCAAUGGCGCUGUGAUUUUGGGGAAGAGGGGCUCGUUAGGGCGGAUUUCCUUGUUUCGAUGCAGCAAAUCCACAUUGAAAGCAAAUCCAAUCUGAGAUGGGUGUGAUCUGGGGCUUCACAGCAGCGAAUGUUGUUUUUCAGACUGGGAGUGGUGCUUCAUUGCAGCACAGACUGGGAUGUGCUUCUUUUAUUUUGCUUCAUUGCAGCACAGACCGGGAUGUGCUUCUUUUAUUUUGCUUUUUCUAGGCAUGGGCUUGAUUUUAACCAACUGCGAGUGAUGUUUCAUUCCAAUACAGACUAUUGUUGUUUUCUUUUCUUUUCUAUGCAUGGGCUUGAGUUUACCCAACUGAGUGUUGUUCAUUGCAGUACAAACUACUGGUGUUUUCUUCUUUCUUUUGUCAAAAUGAGGCUUCUGAUUACAUGUAUGGUAUGCUGUAUAUAAUAUGAUAAUGUAUCAUUAGUAACUUUGUUUCACUAGCAGGGUUACCUUUUGUGUAAUGCUUCAUUAGUGCUGGAUAAUGUAAUACUCGUGUGAUGUGCCUAUCAUAGUUCUUGAUUGAUUGCUUCGUCAGCCUAACAGAGCUGUAUCUCUUCUUCA